AUCAUGGUAUUUCGAAUUAUUUUUAAUUUUCUUAGCCGCUUUGCUAACAGCGAACACAUGAUCCAGAAGCUAUCUGAAUCUUAUCCUAUCCGAAGAUCAGCUCAAAUAAUGGCCUAUUUUUACCACCGAACUAAAGGAACAAUCGAAUCGGAUUCUUUUAAAGAAAAACUUCCACCUUUAAAUAAUCGUCUAUUAACGUUUAAGAAUCGUUUUAUGAACGAAUUUCGGCAAGAAAUGCAGAAUGCUAAAAACAAGAUCAAAAGAUGAUGGUCGCAUUUCUUUCAAUCACUCGUAA